AUGACAGGUCCUGCGCUGUCGUCGUCCCUCAUCCGUUCGAAAGACGGGAACGGCGUAGAAAAGGGCGCAAGAACAGAUAUUCUUCAAUGGCGCUCACAGGGCACUUCUGUACUGCUGGGACUGCCAAUCUGCGUCGACGAAUGGCUCGACCCGAGUAGUAGCGCUAUGAUCGAGCAAGUGGUUGUACACUUGCGUGGCAAAGAUCAGUGGGGAGAAGGAGCUCUCUCCGUUCUUCCAAAAGCAUCGGAGGGUGUAUCGUCCUUCGAAGUUCUAGACAGGAUCCUGUGUCACUUUGCCGAUCGAUGGUCGUAUCCGCUGCUGAAACGGAUUGUCUUAUGUAUGUCAUCCUUGUCUUCUGUGUUGGAUUCCGACGAAGAAACACUGACGUUGAACUUGUGCGAACAGCCGGACACAGCUUGGGCGCGCAACUCGUGCAUCGAUACUCGAUCCUCGGCUCACCACCCCUAUCACCUCACCAAAGAGAGCAUCCAAGAACGUCAAGACCCGCACUUCUACCUGGCUCGAAUGCUUCGUGAGCGGUACAUCCACCUGAUCCACGGUGAAGCAGAUCUCGGUGUCGGAGACGAUCGACCGGAAGCCAUGGCCCAAGGAGCGCAUCGACUUGAACGAGCUCGAAACUACCACGCUCAUCUGUUCCAGAUGGAGACGAAAGUCGACCAGCUCCCAUCAGUUCGCAGGUGGACCAUUGAUUGGGCUCCAGGUGUCAAACACGACGGGAGAGCAACGGCCACCUCAGACGCUGCAAUCGCCAGAAUCUUCCCCAACAGCAGCCUGUGA